UCCGCAACCGCGCCCGCGCCGCCAUCAAGAUCUGGGCGGCGGCGGGGCUAGACCGGGGGCGCGCUCGCUCGGGAGCGCGCUCAUGCAGCGGUUUUCUUCUCCCACAAUCCAGAGGCAGCUGCGCGGGAGGGGCGGGGAAUCGGCGGAAGGAUAUCGGCGCGGAGGGAGCAGCGCGCUCCCUUUGACCGCGGAUCCGCGGCGCUGGCGGGAGGCGAGGGGUGGGGUGUGAUGCGGCACUGCGGUUCUGAGGCCGUUACUCCGACUCCUCCAUAGAGGGCGGAGGAGGCUGGAGUGCGGCGGUGAUUUUGUGCCAGGGAUUCCCAGGGACGCGCUGAAAAGGCUGGCAGGGCUUAGGAAGCUGGAGGGUUAGGGACACACAUUCGAGCCCCCACCCCCGGGAGGGGAAGGGGGCUGGAGACGAGGCUUGAGGGCGGCGGAGGGAUGGUGUCUACUCUGGGGGAAGGGGCGAGCCCUGCCUGUUGGUGCUGAGGGGCUACGGACAGUGGAGGCUCCGCCGGUCGAAAGCAGCUCCAUGCCCAUCGGUGGGUGUAACGUGUAGAGGUCGGAACGCCGAGGUCUAGUCUGGCGGCUCCUCGGAAUCCUUAAACGUGGUCUCUGUCUAACGUAUUUCAUUUAGUCCACGUUGGGAUUGAUUCAUUGGGGGCAGUUUCACUGGUCUGGCUCCUCCAGAGGCUGGACAACCUUGACGGGCUUUUUGUCUUGGGCUCCAGCCCCCUUUCCCUUCCUCCUCCUCCAGAUGCCUUUUCUCUGCCUCUCCUCGCCCGGUACAGACAUUUCCAGGGCAGGCUGCUGCUCGUGGUGGCCGUCGUCGAAGCCACUUCUUGGGAUUUCGUCUCGUUUCCCUCUGGGGUGUUUUUUGAGGAGGGAGAGUUUCCCCCUCCUACACGAUGGGAUUUUCCUCCCUUACCGAAAUGGAUUUUCAUUGAUUUCUACUUACUUCCACGUUUAAUGACCUAUUCCCUAGGCGUAUUUUUGUGGUAGUUCCUUUUUUUCAAAUACAUACUCUGUAAAAUGGAGAACGAAAUUUUUACUCCCCUUCUGGAGCAGUUCAUGACCAGCCCCUUGGUCACUUGGGUUAAAACGUUUGGACCUCUGGCUGCAGGAAAUGGGACCAACCUUGAUGAAUAUGUGGCUUUGGUGGAUGGGGUAUUCUUGAACCAGGUCAUGCUCCAAAUUAAUCCUAAAUUGGAGAGUCAGAGAGUAAACAAAAAAGUCAAUAAUGAUGCCUCCCUUAGAAUGCAUAAUCUAUCCAUUUUGGUGAGACAGAUAAAAUUUUACUACCAGGAGACUUUGCAGCAAUUAAUCAUGAUGUCGUUGCCAAAUGUCUUAAUCAUUGGCAAAAAUCCCUUUUCUGAACAAGGCACAGAAGAAGUUAAAAAACUGCUUUUACUUUUAUUGGGUUGCGCAGUUCAGUGUCAGAAGAAAGAAGAAUUUAUUGAAAGAAUUCAAGGUUUAGAUUUUGAUACAAAAGCAGCAGUUGCCGCACAUAUUCAAGAGGUAACUCAUAAUCAGGAAAAUGUGUUUGACCUGCAAUGGAUGGAAGUGACUGAUAUGUCGCAGGAGGACAUAGAACCACUCUUGAAAAAUAUGGCAUUGCAUCUAAAAAGACUUAUAGAUGAGAGAGAUGAACAUUCAGAGACUAUCAUAGAACUCUCUGAAGAGCGGGAUGGUCUUCAUUUUCUACCCCAUGCCUCUUCAUCUGCACAAUCACCCUGUGGUUCUCCAGGCAUGAAGCGAACAGAAAGUCGACAACAUCUGUCAGUGGAACUGGCAGAUGCUAAAGCCAAGAUAAGAAGGCUUAGGCAGGAAUUGGAGGAAAAGACUGAACAAUUGUUGGAUUGUAAACAGGAACUUGAGCAAAUGGAAAUAGAACUCAAAAGGCUGCAACAAGAGAACAUGAAUUUGCUUUCGGAUGCUCGCUCUGCCAGAAUGUACCGAGAUGAAUUAGAUGCACUUCGAGAGAAAGCAAUCAGAGUUGAUAAGCUUGAAAGUGAAGUAAGCAGAUAUAAAGAGAGACUACAUGAUAUUGAAUUUUAUAAGGCAAGAGUUGAGGAAUUAAAAGAAGACAAUCAAGUUUUAUUAGAAACAAAAACCAUGUUGGAAGACCAACUAGAAGGAACUCGUGCUCGUUCUGAUAAAUUACAUGAAUUGGAAAAAGAGAACUUACAACUAAAAGCUAAACUUCAUGAUAUGGAAAUGGAACGAGAUAUGGAUAGAAAAAAAAUUGAAGAAUUAAUGGAAGAAAAUAUGACUUUGGAAAUGGCACAGAAACAAAGUAUGGAUGAAUCAUUACAUCUUGGCUGGGAGCUGGAACAGAUAUCCAGAACUAGUGAACUUUCUGAAGCACCACAGAAAUCCUUGGGCCAUGAGGUGAAUGAGUUAACCUCAAGUAGAUUAUUGAAGCUAGAGAUGGAAAACCAAAGUUUGACAAAAACCGUAGAAGAGCUUCGGACUACUAUGGAUUCUGUAGAAGGCAACGCUUCCAAAAUCCUAAAAAUUGAAAAAGAAAAUCAGAGACUCAGUAAAAAGGUUGAAAUUCUUGAAAACGAGAUUAUUCAAGAAAAGCAAAGUCUUCAGAAUUGUCAGAAUUUAAGCAAGGAUCUAAUGAAAGAGAAAGCUCAGCUUGAAAAAACAAUUGAAACACUGAGAGAAAAUUCAGAGAGACAGAUUAAGAUAUUGGAACAGGAAAAUGAACAUCUGAAUCAAACAGUGUCUUCCUUAAGGCAGCGGUCCCAGAUAAGUGCAGAAGCAAGAGUGAAAGACAUUGAAAAAGAAAACAAAAUUCUCCAUGAAUCUAUCAAAGAAACAAGUAGCAAGCUAAGCAAGAUUGAAUUUGAAAAAAGACAAAUUAAAAAAGAAUUGGAACUUUAUAAAGAAAAAGGAGAAAGAGCAGAAGAACUUGAAAAUGAAUUGCAUCAUCUUGAAAAAGAAAAUGAAUUGUUACAGAAAAAAAUAACUAAUUUAAAAAUUACUUGUGAGAAAAUUGAGGCCUUAGAACAAGAAAAUUCAGAGCUAGAAAGAGAAAAUAGAAAAUUUAAAAAAACAUUGGAUAGCUUUAAGAACCUGACCUUUCAGUUAGAAUCCCUAGAAAAAGAGAAUUCCCAACUUGAUGAGGAAAACUUAGAACUGCGAAGGAAUGUAGAAUCUUUGAAGUGUGCAAGCAUCAAAAUGGCUCAGCUACAGCUAGAAAACAAAGAACUGGAAAGCGAAAAAGAGCAACUUAAGAAAGGUUUGGAGCUCCUGAAAGCAUCUUUCAAGAAAACAGAACGCUUAGAAGUUAGCUACCAGGGUUUAGAUAUAGAAAAUCAAAGACUGCAAAAAGCUUUAGAGAACAGCAAUAAAAAAAUCCAGCAAUUAGAGAGUGAACUACAAGACUUAGAGAUGGAAAAUCAAACAUUGCAAAAAAACCUAGAAGAACUAAAAAUAUCUAGCAAAAGACUUGAACAGCUGGAAAAAGAAAAUAAAUCAUUAGAGCAAGAGACUUCUCAAUUGGAAAAGGAUAAGAAACAAUUGGAGAAGGAAAAUAAGAGACUUCGACAACAAGCAGAAAUUAAAGAUACCACAUUAGAAGAAAAUAAUGUGAAGAUUGGAAAUUUGGAAAAAGAAAACAAAACCCUAUCCAAAGAAAUUGGUAUAUGUAAAGAAUCUUGUAUCCGUCUAAAAGAAUUAGAAAAAGAAAAUAAGGAGCUUGUGAAAAGAGCAACUAUUGAUAUAAAAACGUUGGUUACACUACGUGAGGAUUUGGUGAGUGAAAAAUUGAAGACCCAACAGAUGAACAAUGAUCUCGAAAAAUUAACUCAUGAGCUUGAGAAGAUAGGGUUAAAUAAGGAGCGACUCUUACAUGAUGAGCAAAGUACUGAUGACAGUAGGUAUAAACUUUUGGAAUCAAAAUUAGAAUCCACUCUUAAGAAGUCUCUUGAAAUAAAAGAAGAAAAAAUUGCUGCUUUAGAAGCUCGAUUAGAAGAGUCCACGAAUUAUAACCAGCAGUUGCGCCAAGAACUUAAAACAGUGAAAAAAAAUUAUGAAGCUCUCAAACAGAGACAGGAUGAGGAAAGGAUGGUACAGAGCUCUCCUCCAACAUCUGGUGAAGACAACAGAUGGGAACGAGAAAGUCAAGAAACGACUAGAGAACUUCUGAAAGUUAAAGACAGAUUAAUUGAAGUAGAAAGAAAUAAUGCUACACUGCAAGCAGAGAAACAAGCAUUGAAAACUCAACUGAAGCAGCUUGAGACACAGAACAGUAAUUUGCAGGCUCAGAUUCUUGCACUGCAGAGGCAGACAGUGUCAUUACAGGAACAGAAUACUACUCUUCAAACACAGAAUGCCAAGCUUCAGGUUGAAAAUUCCACCCUUAAUUCCCAAAAUACCUCACUUAUGAACCAGAAUGCACAACUCCUAAUCCAGCAGUCUUCCUUAGAAAAUGAAAAUGAAUCUGUAAUCAAAGAUCGGGAAGACCUAAAAUCUCUCUAUGAUUCUCUGAUAAAAGAUCAUGAAAAACUGGAACUUCUUCAUGAACGUCAGGCUUCUGAGUAUGAAUCUCUUAUCUCUAAACAUGGAACUCUAAAGUCUGCCCACAAAAACCUUGAGGUGGAACACAGAGACCUUGAAGACCGUUACAAUCAGUUACUAAAACAGAAAGGACAAUUGGAGGAUUUGGAAAAGAUGCUCAAAGUAGAACAAGAAAAAAUGCUACUUGAAAAUAAAAACCAUGAAACAGUAGCUGCAGAAUACAAGAAACUUUGUGGUGAAAAUGAUAGGUUGAAUCAUACUUAUAGUCAACUUUUAAAAGAGACUGAAGUUUUACAAACUGACCAUAAAAAUUUGAAAAGUCUUCUGAAUAAUUCCAAACUGGAACAAACAAGAUUAGAAGCUGAAUUUUCAAAGCUAAAGGAACAAUACCAACAAUUGGAUAUUACAUCCACUAAGCUGAAUAACCAGUGUGAGUUACUAAGCCAACUUAAAGGAAAUUUAGAAGAAGAAAAUCGACAUCUACUAGAUCAAAUUCAGACAUUAAUGCUACAGAACAGAACACUUUUGGAGCAGAAUAUGGAAAGCAAGGAUCUUUUUCAUGUUGAACAAAGACAGUACAUUGAUAAGUUAAAUGAAUUAAGACGUCAGAAGGAGAAAUUAGAAGAGAAAAUUAUGGAUCAGUACAAAUUUUAUGACCCAUCUCCUCCUAGAAGGAGAGGCAACUGGAUUACUCUAAAAAUGAGAAAAUUGAUAAAGUCUAAGAAAGAUAUUAAUCGGGAACGUCAGAAAUCUCUAACAUUAACACCUACCCGCUCAGACUCCAGUGAAGGAUUUCUUCAGCUCCCCCAUCAAGACAGUCAAGAUAGUUCUUCAGUAGGUUCAAACUCUUUAGAAGAUGGCCAGACCUUGGGAACCAAGAAAAGCAGCAUGGUUGCACUGAAAAGACUGCCCUUUUUGAGGAACAGACCGAAGGAUAAAGACAAAAUGAAGGCCUGCUACCGUCGUUCCAUGUCCAUGAAUGACCUGGUGCAGUCCAUGGUCCUAGCAGGACAGUGGACAGGUAGUACUGAGAAUUUGGAAGUUCCUGAUGAUAUUUCAACGGGUAAAAGGAGAAAAGAAUUGGGAGCUAUGGCCUUCUCUACUACAGCCAUCAACUUUUCAACUGUCAACUCUUCUGCAGGCUUCAGAUCCAAGCAGUUGGUUAAUAAUAAAGAUACUACAUCCUUUGAAGACAUAAGUCCACAAGGUGUUAGUGAUGAUUCUAGCACGGGAUCAAGAGUUCAUGCUUCAAGACCAGCCAGCCUUGAUAGUGGCAGAACAUCCACUAGCAAUAGCAAUAAUAAUGCUUCCCUACAUGAAGUCAAAGCAGGUGCAGUUAACCAAAGCAGGCCACAAAGCCACAGCAGUGGAGAAUUUAGCCUGCUUCAUGAUCAUGAGGCUUGGUCCAGCAGUGGUAGCAGUCCAAUCCAGUACUUGAAAAGACAGACCAGAUCAAGUCCAGUGCUCCAGCACAAAAUACCUGAAACACUAGAGAGUCGACAUCGCAAGAUCAAAACUGGUUCCCCAGGGAGUGAGGUUGUUACUCUACAACAGUUUUUGGAAGAAAGCAAUAAGCUUACCUCAAUACAGAUCAAGUCCUCAAGUCAAGAGAAUCUUUUAGAUGAAGUAAUGAAAAGUUUGUCUGUCUCUUCUGACUUUUUGGGAAAAGACAAACCAGUUAGCUGUGGUCUGGCCAGGUCAGUAAGCGGAAAAACCCCAGGGGACUUCUAUGAUAGACGGACAAUUAAGCCUGAGUUUUUGAGACCCGGUCCUCGAAAAACUGAAGAUACCUACUUCAUUAGUUCUGCAGGAAAACCUACACCAGGCACUCAAGGAAAGAUAAAAUUAGUAAAAGAAUCUUCUCUGUCACGACAAUCAAAAGAUAGUAACCCUUAUGCCACUUUACCUCGUGCAAGCAGCGUGAUAUCUACUGCUGAAGGAACUACACGAAGGACAAGCAUCCAUGAUUUUUUGACCAAGGACAGUAGACUGCCUGUAUCAGUUGAUUCACCACCAGCUGCUGCUGACAGCAACACCACUGCAGCAUCUAAUGUGGACAAAGUACAAGAAAGCAGAAAUUCAAAAAUCAGGUCUAGGGAGCAACAAAGCUCCUAAUUCUGUUACCCACUACAUGACAUGUGGGCCAAGUGAGAGAAAAGUGUCCUUCAGUUUCUCAGUAUGAAGCCUUUAUUUCUGAAGUAACAAGACACCUAGCAACUAUAGGAAUCAUUUUUAAAAAUCUUUAAGGAGACUUUUAACAGUCCUUCGUGAAUAGAGCAGGCAAGAAAUACAAACCUUCAUUCCUUGAAUCAAGGAGCACUACUGGAUUCAACUGCCAAAAUUUUUAAAAGGUUUUAGGACUUACUGUACGUUGUACUGUUAAGAUCUACUGAAUAAAGGAUGAUCUCUCGCUAAGGACCAAGUGUUUUAAAGUUAAGUGUUUAAAGAAGUACUCCAAGAACAAUCUGCUCUUUUCAUCAUUUGUUUUAUGAAUUUAUCCAUGUUUGCUUAAUGCUUCUGCUAAGUAUUAGCCAAAAUCUAGCCAUUUAUAUUUAGUUGUGUAAAUCUAAAUUAAAUGCUGUAGUAUUUUGUGGAAUGUACUAUAUAGCAAGAUACAGAGAGAAUUGUUUUGGCAUGUCAGAGCCUUAUUUCGUUAGCAGACUGCAUGUGUCGGUACUUUUUUUUCCCUUAAAGCCAAUUAUUUUGAUGCAAAACAAAUUCAGUUUAUAAGAAUAAAUCUGAAAAAUCCAUAAUGAAAUAGGAGUUAUAAAAAAUUUAUAGGGAUAUUAACCUUUCUACAUUCCCCAUUAAGCAACACUAAGCAUGCAUACAUUAAUCCAAGGUAAAGAGUGUUUUUCUGAAACUUUUUUAGUAAGAUGGUUUUCCAGCAAAUGGCAUUCCUAGGAUAAAGCUAUUGUGCUUUAACUCAUUUCUUUUCUUUGGUAUUGGGUUAUGUAUGUGUGUGUAUUUUUUUAACCUGAGAGCUGACUAUUGCUUAAGAAGUUUUCUUAUGGCAAAAAUAAUGUAAAUAACUUACUAUGAGCUGCAUUUUGCCAGAAACUCAUUUAUAAUUAAGGCUAUCAUUUAUUAAUGACUUUUUGUUUUUCUCCUUUGUAAUAUUACAUUAAAGUUGAUACUUAUUAUUGGUACUUUUGAAAUUUUUGUAUGCAUUUGUUACCUUUAAACAUUUGGAAGAAGCACAAAAAAACAGAUUUAGUUAACCCAGGGAAACAUCAAUUUUUUUAGUAGUUCCAAUUUUAUAUCACAGUUUUAUUUUCUUAUGAAAUCAAAAAAUACAUUGAUACUCAUUAAUGCAAAUUCAUUAUUUAACAUCAAUAUCAGUAAUCUUCAAGGUCUGAAAUGAGAAAGAUACUGACUUUUUAAAAUUUUAACAGUGUACUUCUUAGGCUUUCAUUACCAGCUCUAAAGAACUUUUUGGAAUAAUUCCAUAUUCCAUAGUGUGUGGUUUAUGAGUUGUGGGUUUCAUCACUAACCCAGUAACCAUGAGAAAAGUCUCUGUCCCUCCCUCUCUCUUUCUCUCUCUCUCCCUCCCUCUCCUCCUCCUCCUCCUCCUCUCUGUCUCUCUCUCGUAGGCCAGUAGCAAUGUUGUGUUCAUAGUCUAUUUUCCAAAAGACUAUCAAUAAAAAAGAGAGUAUGUUUAAACUGAAAUGGAAUUUCAAGAACUUGAACUUACUUAGGUACUUCAAUGCCACCUGUAACUUAGGUUUUACCACCAAAUGCUAUUAAUAUUAAAUCAUUUUGAAACUCUUGGAUGAAAGGUGCUAUACAAAUGUAAAUACAAAGAAUUCUUACUAACAUACAAAUAAUGUACAACAGAAAUAUUUAAAACCUAUUCUGUAGACUCUGAAACAUCUCUCUCUGUUGUAACUCCCUGGAUUCAUUGGUAAUAGGUGUCAGAGCAGUCUAGAGACACUUGCAUGUCAAAAAUGUACAUCCAUUUUUAGGUAGAUAAAAGUAAACAUAGAAAUUAUGUUAUGGCUAAAUACAGUAAGUGGGUAACUUAAAUUUAUAUUGGCUAGCAUCUAAUUUGCACAACUAGAAUACAUCCCAGAACAAUUACUGAAAAGCUGAAAUUUAAUGAGUGGUGAGGUAGUCCAAUGAGGGUGAAUGAUAUCACAGCUUGACCUCUCCAGAACACUAAUAUCCCAAAACAGAGAACAUGCUGGGUUAAGCACAUUAGUGCUUCAAGCAGAAAAGGCUCGAGAACAGCCUGUAAAGUAGGCUGACCCUGAGAAGGGACAAUUAAAGAGACAACCAAGGGAAUAAAUUAAGACUAGAAAAAUAUGAAUAAUCUCAGUUAUAUUCUUCACAAUUUUCAUACCAUUUCAAGAAAGGAUUAGAUAGGAGUAACCACAUGAAUAUUUUACUUUCUCCAAUAUACCCUGAGAAACAAAUUUUGUAGGAAGCCACUCUUUUUCCUUAAACUUUUCUGCCAAACAAUAAUGAAGCCAACUGGAAACUAAUCGGAGCCAUUUUCAUUUUCUUAAUGGGCCUGACAUGCUUUAAAUUAUCUGGCUCUAUUCUAAAUCAACACCUAAACCCCUAAGGAAACUGAAGAAUCAAUAUACAGGGUAAUACCUUUGGCGCAGAGCUCCAAUAAUGUGAUUCAGAUCUGGCCAUGUGGAAAUGCUUUCGUCCAAAUUUUUGAAUUGGUGGUUACCAAAGAGUUCACAAAACAGGUCUGUAUGUAGCACCUUUCAUGCAAGGCAUGUUAAAAGCCUCUUUUAAAAUCACUGUGCAUAUUAUAGAAUUGUAGCCAACUCACAAUGAAGUACUACAGCCUGUGCUGUCUUAAUGGUUUAUGUCAGGAAAUGAAAAAGAUACUGUACCAAAUCUGGAAUUACAAUGAGGAGUAAUAAUGUAUGCUAAAUGACUUUUGUAUCUUACUUUUGGGGAGAAAAGUGAAUUUUUGUGUUUUUCUUUUCAGCUACACUUAGUCCUGAGAUGUAUUUUUUUUCUUUAAUUCUUGAAUUAAUACAAAAGGAACCCAUUUUAUAUAUAAACCUUGAUGUACAUGUUGAGAUAUUUGGACAAUGAACAUGCCUUAAAAGGAAUGCAUAUGGAUAAAGUUGCACUUAUAACACCCUUCAACAAAAUCUGAUUUUAAGUUGUCUUUUUCUUUUCUAUUAAGGGUUUUCUUUUUCAGUGUCUACCAUUGUACUUAUAACUGUUAUUAAAUACCAAAUCAAAUAAUAUAAAAGCUGUAACAUUUCCUUUAAAACUAAUGCUAGUAAGGGAUUUAGAGUUGAAUGGCAAAAUGUUUAUUACUUAGCAAUACCUGAUGUCAGUCACGGGCAUCCAACUCAUGACAAGAGACGUCACUGUUUAAUUGUUUUUUAAAAAACAUUUUUCAUUUUGUUUCGCCUUCACAAAUUAAGUUGGAUUAACAUUCACAUAUCAAACUAAUAUAAAAAAAUAAAAACAAGAGGUGAUUUUUGUA